UGUGAGCACAAUUCGCACUUUGCCGGGAACCGUCAAACGAAACGGUCGCGAAAGUGGGAGAGUCCGUUUAACCCAUAUUCAUGUAGAACGUUUUUAUUUUAUUUUUAUAAACUCUUGUGGUAUUAUUUACAUAGUUGUUGUACCAGCGGUCGACGUGCCAAAUAAGCAUCCGAUUUCUUUUUGUUUUAUUUUCGUUAAAAGCGAAAAGUCGCGUAUAUUAUUUAAUUUGGCCUGUUAUAGUCAACUAACGAUUCAUCAUGCCACCAAAUGCUGCAGCAAUAAAUCACAAUUCCUUGGAUGCCCUAACGGCACAGAAGGUUGACGGAACCAAAAACAAUUUAGGGCCGUCCAAAGAAACCGGAGUUUUGUUUGAAUAUGAUGCCGACACUGCUGAUGGAGCCUUGAACAUUGAUGUGCUCCAGCGCAAACGUGCCGAGAAACGCAAGCUGAAACUGGUUUGGCGAAAUAUAAUUAUCUUUGGAUACUUGCACCUUGCAGCGCUUUACGGUGCUUGGUUAUUCUUUACCUCAGCAAAGUGGCCGACGGUGUUUUUCUCCAUCUAUCUAUAUUCAAUUGGUGUUUUGGGUAUCACGGCGGGAGCUCAUCGUUUGUGGGCUCACCGCUCUUACAAGGCUAAAUGGCCUUUGAGAGCAUUGCUUAUUGCUUUCAAUACGUGCGCUUUCCAAGAUGCCGCCUUCCACUGGGCCCGUGACCAUCGUGUACAUCACAAGUUUUCCGAAACCGAUGCAGAUCCCCAUAACGCUACACGAGGCUUCUUCUUCUCCCACAUCGGUUGGUUGUUAUGCAAGAAACAUCCCGACGUUAUAGCCAAAGGCAAAAGCUUAGAUUUGACCGAUUUACAUGCUGACCGUAUUCUCAUGUGGCAGUUGAAACACUACAACAUACUGAUGCCUUUGGCAUGCUUCAUCCUUCCAACCGUUAUACCUAUGUACUUCUGGAAUGAGACAUUAAUCAACUCGUGGUUUGUGGCAGCGAUGUUCCGUUGGUGUUUCUUGCUGAACGUCACUUGGUGUGUGAAUAGUGCUGCGCACAAAUUUGGUGGUCGUCCAUAUGAUAAAAACAUCAAUCCCUCGCAAUGCCCAUCCGUUUCAGCAUUUGCAUUCGGCGAAGGCUGGCACAACUAUCAUCACGUCUUCCCAUGGGACUACAAAACGGCAGAGUGGGGCAACUAUUCCCUAAAUUUGACUACCGCUUUCAUCGAUUUUUUCGCUAAAAUUGGCUGGGCGUAUGAUUUGAAAACCGUUUCCGCCGAUAUAAUUGAAAAACGUGUGAAACGUACUGGUGAUGGUUCACACGAACUUUGGGGCUAUGGUGACAAUGACAUUACCAAAGAGGACCAAGAAGGCAUUAUUACAAUUAACAAGAAACAGGAGUAAUGUAGGCAUCGGUUGAAUACAUGUUAUACCCAAAAUGUCUGAUUUUCUCAAAUGUGUCUUACCUGAUCAUUAAGUCAGGAAAAAGAAAGGCUAGCAAUGUAUUUUAAAAGGGUGAUCAUCAAAAGUCAUUAACUAUUUAAAAUUAUUCCUCUCCUAUUUUAUGCAUCAAAACAAUAAAUUUGUAUUUUGUGCAAAGAUAAUCCAAAAGAAGCUAGUUAACUAAAUGGAUAAAAAUUAAGAUAAUUUAUAAAACACAUACAUAAGUAUAUAAUAUAAUGUAUAUAUAAUAUAACUAUUUGAAAUGUAGAUACGUACGAGUAUGAUGCGGUUAAUUGGGCAUCGCUCCUGUAACUAUGUUAAAAAAAUUAUGAUUUUGUGCAAGCGUACAUCCAUUCAUUUAUGCUUUCCAUAUGCAUGGUUAUGUAUUAAGAUUAUCUACAUAUAUACCAUAAAUAACCUCUUGAAUAAAAUACUAUCGGUUAUGAAAACAUACACAGAAA